GGAAUUUUGUUCAGAAUUAUCGCAUGGGCCCUGCUGAGGUGGAAAAGAAGAGUGGGUUAGGGAGUGGAGAGAGAGAGGUGGAGAGAGAAUAAGCACAGAGACAGAGAGAGAGCAGAGACUGGAGAGGAGUGGUUUUAGAGAGAGAGGAGAGGGAGGGAGGGGGGAAGAAGGCGGGCGGCUGGGGCAUGGAAGAGCUGGCCAUGCUGAGGCAGCUCAUCAGACAGCUUCAGGAGCUCUUGGAACUUUACGGCUCUCCUCCUCCUCCGUAUAAUCAUCAACAUCUUCAUCUUCAUCACUUUCAGCAGCGUCUCAAUAAUCAUCCACUGCCUCACAGCCACCUCCAACAACAGCCAAACAGAUGGUGCUUCCUCAAUUUGGAUGACAACUCUCCAGAAGAUGGUUCUCGCAAUCUCAUAAACAGCCCUGGGGAAUCUGAAGGUUUCAAGAUGUUGGAACCUUACAAGCCUCCACCUCUGAAGAAACCUAGAAAAGAGAGAAAUCGAGUAAAAUUACUGGGAACCAGUGCUUCAACUGAGAUAAUGGAACAGCAGAUAUGGAAGGAAUUUCCUGAAGACCUGUUUGAAGCUGUCAUAGCCAGACUUCCAAUUGCCACAUUUUUCCGCUUCCGUUCUGUUUGUCGAAAGUGGAAUUCCUUGCUGAAUUCUGAUAGCUUUUCUCAGCAAUGUGCCCGAGUCCUACAAGCACAACCCUGGUUUUACACCAUAACUCAUGAAAAUGUGAACACAGGAGCUAUGUAUGACCCGUCACUGAAGAAAUGGCACCACCCAACUGUCCCUUCUCUGCCCACAAAGAUAAUUGUCUUGCCAGUAGCUUCAGCUGGGGGUCUUGUUUGUUUUCUUGAUAUUGGUCACCGGUACUUCUUUGUGUGCAAUCCCCUGACUCGGUCUUUCAAAGAGUUGCCAACCAGGUCAGUCAGAGUCUGGUCUCGUGUUGCCGUGGGGAUGACUCUGAAUGGAAAUUCCACCAGUGGGGGCUACAAGAUCCUCUGGGUAGGUUGCGAUGGGGAAUAUGAAGUGUAUGACUCGGCGAAGAACUCUUGGACACGUCCUGGAAGCAUGCCUUCCAAUGUCAAGCUACCACUGUCACUGAACUUCAGGUCACAAACUGUGAGCAUUGGUCGCACGCUGUACUUCAUGCGUUCAGAUCCUGAAGGGAUUGUUUCCUACAAUAUGUCCACUGGGGUUUGGAAGCAGUUCAUAAUCCCAUCCCCGUUGCAUCUUACUGACCACACACUUGCAGAGUGUGAGGGACGGAUAAUGCUCGUUGGGUUGCUCACAAAGAAUGCUGCCACAUGCGUGUGCAUAUGGGAGCUGCAGAAAAUGACGCUCUUGUGGAAGGAGGUUGACAGAAUGCCAAAUAUAUGGUGCUUGGAGUUUUAUGGGAAGCACGUUAGGAUGACUUGCUUGGGUAACAAAGAUUUGCUCAUGUUGUCCUUGAGAUCAAGGCAGAUGAACCGGCUAGUUACAUACAAUGCAUCGAGCAGGGAAUGGCUGAAGGUUCCUGGGUGUGUACUGCCACGUGGAAGGAAGCGACAGUGGAUUGCUUGUGGCACUGCCUUCCACCCAUGCCUGACUGCUUCGGCUUGAUUCAUCAUCUCUGUGCCUGGAAUUUUCAGCAUGCUAGAGAUGGAAUUUAUUAUUUGGUACUAGUUUGGUUUUAUCUGUGAUGGUGCUGGUAUGGCUUUUAUCCCCCCAUUUUUGUUUGUUAAACAAACCGCAUGACACAGUGGGGAUUAUGGUGACCCUUUUUUCCUUUCAGUGUACAAACAUAUGGACGUAGAUUUGAUUUCCUAAGACAGUUUAGAGUUUCCUUCUUCCCUGUUUUCUGGAUGGAAUCCAAAAAGCCUGAAUCGAAGUUUAGACCAAAACCUAUAUUGUGACUCUCUUCCAUCUUAAGCCCAUCAAUGUUUUUGGUGUGUUGGACAGGAGACGAUUCAGGGUAUGAAAAACUGCCUUGUUUCUAUAUUAUAUUGAUGCGCCGUGCUGUUGCCUUUGAAA